GAAAGAGAGAGAGAGAGGGAGAGGGAGAGGGAGAGAGACACAGAGAGAGAGAGAGAAAGGGAGAGGGAGAGGGAGAGAGACAGAGAGAAGUGAGGGACGUGUGUAUGUGUGUGUCAAGAGGAUUUCCAUUGAAAUGGAGUACUUCAGUCUUUUAGUUCAUUUCAUGUCGGUGAGCUUUGCCUCUGCUGGGAUAGAUGGAAUACAUUGGACAUAUACAGAAGGGGCCCUGGACCAGGUGCACUGGGCGGAGGAGUAUCCUGCGUGUGGCGGCCGCAGACAGUCCCCGAUCGACAUCCAGCGGAGGAGCGUGCGUCACAACCCCCGCAUGCUGCAGCUCGAGCUCACUGGAUAUGAUGCUCAGAAGGGUAACUUCCUCAUGAAAAACAACGGACACUCAGUUGAAAUCGUCCUCCCUCCCAGCAUGGUGAUUACCAAGGGUCUCCCCGGGGGCUACACGGCCGUCCAGAUGCACCUCCACUGGGGCGGCUGGGACCUGGAGGAGAGCGGGGCAGAGCACACCCUGGAUGGCAUCAGAUACAUGGCAGAGCUCCAUGUUGUCCAUUAUAACUCUGAUAAGUACAAGAGCUUUCAAGAGGCCAGCGACAAGCCUGACGGACUGGCAGUUCUAGCCUUCUUCUACGAGGACGGACAUUUUGAGAACACCUACUACAGCGAUUUCAUCAGCAACCUGGGAAAAGUCAAGUACGCAGGCCAGUCCAUGAACAUAUCCACCCUCAACGUCCGUUCCAUGCUUCCUGAGAACCUGAACCAUUUCUUCAGGUACCAAGGCUCUCUUACCACCCCUCCCUGUUACGAGAGCAUCCUGUGGACAGUGUUCGACACACCCAUCACCCUCUCUCACAACCAGAUCAGAAAGUUGGAAAGUACUCUGAUGGACAUGGACAAUAAGACUUUGUGGAAUGAUUACCGCAUGGCCCAGCCGCUCAACGAUCGCGUGGUCGAGUCCUCCUUCCUGCCUCGCCUAGGGAAAGGCACGUUCUGUCGCCAAGAUGAAAUCGAAUCAAAGCUUCUGAAGAUCGAGGGUCUGAUUACUUCUCUUGGAAAACACAUACAUUCAAGUGAAAUUGGGGAUGCAAGGCCUUCCAAACAAGAGCCCCGAGUGAUGUCUCCCCUGGUGCUCCACUUCCCAGAGAGGAACACCGAGAGCUAUGCCCGGGCCCACCUGGCUCACUCCAUGGACCUGCACUCCUUCACCGCCUGCAUGCACCUGAAGACGCGCCCUGGAGAGAUACACACUGUCCUGUCGUACUCCAGCCAGGGCAACGACAACGAACUGAUGAUCACCAUGGGAUAUGAGGUGGGUCUGUGGAUCGGCAACGAGUUUGUCAACCUGCCCCACAACUUCCACUCCCGUGACUGGGUCAACUACUGUGUCACCUGGUCGUCCCACUCCGGGGGGGCUGAGCUGUGGAUCAACGGGCUGGUGGGGGAGGAGCAGUACCUCCGGAGGAGAUACACAGUCAGCCCAGCAGGGGUCUUCAUACUGGGGAAGGACCAGGACGGCUUCCUGGGGAUCUCUGACACGGACGCCUUCGUGGGUCAGAUGACAGAUGUCAACGUGUGGGAUUACGUUUUGAACUCGGCUGAGAUCCGGGAACAGAUGUCCUGUGAGAACACCACCUCUCCCAGGGGGAACGUGCUCAGCUGGGGGGUCACUCCUAUGAGUCUCUAUGGGGGGGUGCAGCUGGAGACAGACUACAGGUGUCCCUGAGGGGAGGGGUCAGCUGGAGACAGACUACAGGUGUCCCUGAGGUGAGGGGACAGCUGAAGCACAGGGAAGCCUGGGUGGUGUUCAGUAGGGCACAACGUAACAAAACAUUUUGCAACGGAAAUAAAAUAGUUCUUAUUGGACGAGUUCAGGAAGUGCAGUACCACCGUGUUCCGUGCCGUUUCAAAACGUUUUGUCUCUACUGAACAUGACCCUGUUUCUCACAGAGCAGAGGAUUCCCACUAUCAACACAAUGUAGUUCUGUUUGGUCUGUUAUUAUGUCCAGUCAAUAUAUCAAAUCUAUCCUUUACUGCUGAUGACUAUUGGGUGUGAAGGAUAAGUCAUCUGUUUGAGACACGGGUAUCAGGUUUAGUAAUGACAAUGUUUAUUGUUUAAGUGAAGUAAAGCACAGAAGAUCUCUGAACGUCCGUGUGGGCUCAUCGUAAUUCAUAUCUAUGUUUCCUCAAUAAAGUUCUAUAUUAAAGCAUCUUGUAUGUUUAUUUCAUGCACUGUAACAGCCUUGCGUUGUUAGACAGGCUGCAGAGCCAGUGAACUAUAAAACAGACACGGACAUAUCGCCAUAGCAACAAAACAUUUAAAGGCCCAGUACAGUCAAACUUCUGUUUUACUCCCUGUGGUCUGUAUCAUAUUGUACAACAGCUGAUGAAACACUGUGUUUCUUGAUUUAAAAAAAAUAUAAAAUAAAAUAAAAUAAAAAAUAAAAAAAAUGUAUCAGUGUUAUUUCCUGAUAGUUACUGGUUGAAAAUAUAAUCUUCACAGUACCUUCUAAUCAGCUUGUUUGCAUAUGGGCGUGACUUUCGGCGGUAAAUUGGUUAAUAGACCAAUAAUAAAGCGAGUUCCAAACCUGUCUGCCAAUAACAGCUAGUUUUAAGUUUUCCCCCCGCUCAGACCCCUCCCAGACAAUCUUAGCAAAAUUCUUCCUUGAGAAAUAGUUUUUUUUGCUGCUAAAAAGCAAUACAGUAAGGUACUUACAGGGGAGAGGGUGUUUUCAGGUCUUUUUGCCCGCGCUACAGACUAUCGUUCUGCUAAAUAAGGGUUAAUAAA